AUGUAUACAUCUAUCUUAUUUCAAGCGGCAUUAUUGUCUGUCGCUCAAGCACACGGUGUUAUCCUUGCUGCUCAAGGUAUUGCAGGAUCCCCCGCAAGUGUAGGAUUUAAAGUUGAUGGAUCUAUCGCAAGAAAUUGUACCGGCAUCAGCCCUUGUCAACAAGAUACAACCAUCAUUCGUGAUUCCGAAAUUGCAGCCAAUAUCGUCAACGAAUGUGGCCGUACAGAAUUGAGCGGCAACAUCGAUGUAGGAGAAAACACUGAGAAUGCACUCGCAGCCAAGGCCGUCACACAAGUCAAAGCUGGCACAUUGAUGACCAUUACUAUUCAUCAAGUCAACGCCGAUGGAGCCGGUCCUUACUCCUGUGAUCUCGAUCAAACCAGCAACGCUGGUAUAAUUUCUCAAAAUCUUACCGUUACGAAUAACGUCCCAGGUGUAAACGGCCUCUCUCAAGCUAAAACCCAAGAUUUCAAUAUCACCGUUCAAAUGCCCGAUAACCUUGCCUGUACAGGUGCCUCCACUGGAAAUAUCUGUACCGUUCGAUGUCGCAAUAAUGCUGUCGCUGGUCCAUUUGGUGGUUGCUUUCCUGUUCAACAAAUCGAUGUUGCUGCUAGUAAUAACACAGCCCAUUCAAUUACCACGGCUCAAACACUCAAAGACAUCGAGUCACAAGUCCAAGAAAACAACGUCGAUCUUCCCGUUGCCAUUGCUGCUAAUCAAGCCGCUGGUUCCGCUGAAGGUGUGAAAGGUUUUGCAGGUGCUAAUGCCCUCCUUAGCGCCUCUGUCACAUCCGUAGCAUCCCCAGUUAUGACCCUUCCAGUAAUAAACGGAGGAGCCAACUCCACCAUUGCCAAUAUGACCUCAUCUUCCUCUUCCUCUUCCGCUUCCGCUACACAAACACCUACUAAAGGCAGCGGCAGUGGUAGGGGUAAAGGUAAGGGAGAUGGUAACGGUCGCGGCGGCAACAGUGGAAAUGGAAAUGGAAAUGCCAACACAAACGGAAACGAGAAUAGCAACGAAAACAACAACGAAAACCAAAACCGGAAAAACAACAACAACAACCAAGCAAGAAACAUACCAACCCUAAAAUGGGCCAGCCGACUCUUCCAAUCCGAUAGCUGGGAAGAUCCUUCGAAUUAG